AAUAUCAAACAUUGAAAUGUUUUUGAAAGUUCUGUCAACUCUAACUUUUAUGCAACUUUUCUGUAACACGACGUCACAAAUGUUGGAUAAAAAGUUCAGUAAUUUGAGUAGUAUUAAAAUUAAAGAGUUUGAGGCGAAUGACAAUUGGCAGAUAAUUGAUCUCAGCCACAAUUCAAUUACUUCUUUCGACUUUCCGGAAUUGCUUGAAAAGCAAACUCAAUUAGACACAUUACGAUUGAAUAAUAACUUAAAAUUCAUCGUACAAGACAAUGAAAAGAUUCUCGAACAAAGUGCAUUGGGAAACUUUGAAUGUAAAAUGUGUGGAUUUGUGAAUAUUCAAAGUCAGCAUUUUACUGGUUUCAGCAAUUUAACAAAACUUUAUCUCAACGAUAACAGAAUAAGUCGAAUUAGCGAGAGCGCAUUUGCAUCAAAUGAAAACCUCAAGCUGUUGGAUCUGUCAGGAAACGACUUAAAGGAUGUGCCACAAAUUUUGUUCGUUGGAUUGAAAAGUUUUGAGACUUUAAAUUUAGCAUCGAAUCCAAUUUUGAUUCCAAAAAAUCGACCUUUUCUAAAAAGCAAUUCAUUGAAGUAUUUAAAAAUGAACCAUUGCAACGUAUCGACGAUCUAUUUGGAAACAUUCAGUGAACUUUCAAACAUUGAAACACUCAACCUAAAUGAAAAUAGAAUUGGAUUUCUUCCGGUGAACUCAUUCAAAUACAAUAAGAAGUUGAAAAGUUUACUCAUCGAAAGCAAUCAAAUAAGGUCGUUCCCAGUGGUCAUGCUGGACACAUUGCCACAAUUGGUCGAACUUUGCAUUGACAAAAAUAUUUUAGUUGAAAGUCCGGAGUUGGGAAAUUUUUUGCAAAGAUACGACGAGAGACGCUUGAGAACUGACAAUUGUAAUGAUAAUGUGAAAUAUUUCAUUGAAAAUCUCUCGAGGAUUGAUGUCAAGACCAGUACUUUUGAUGAAACCUCACAAAACACGAACACGAGUGAAAAGUCAUCAAAGUUUGUGACCAAAUUCAUUAACCAAGGGAUUUCUGAUUUUUUCAUUGGCAGUUACAUAAUGCUCAUCAUUAUCGUACAAGCAGCAGCAAUCGUACUUCUUACCAUUUAUCUCAUCAAAAUCACCAAAUACGAAAAGCUUGAAGGCGA